UCGCAGGCGUGGCAGAUUCAUCCUGUCAGUUUUAUGUCAGCCAAUACGGACUACCCGUGUGACGGUGCUGAAUGGGACGCAAAAUACAAAUGCUUUAGUUAGCUGCAUUUUUCCUGUGUCAGAAUUCAUAAAACAGGAUAUUCUUGUGGCGUGAGGGACGCGUUUAUCGGUGUAGUGCAAUGGCUUUAUCGCAGUGCUUGGAUGAUUCGCCAGGGUUAAGGGCGUUUAUGCGAGGUGACAUUAACAUUCAGGAGCUGUACAACGAACGGCACCGGCUUGCUUUGGAGGAGCUGGUCGCAGGUGGGGUAAACGCUUACUUAGAUUUCUUAAAAAAGGAGAGGAUACCCAAUUUUCUCUCCGACGAGGAAAUUCAACGCAUCAGUAUCGCUGCGGUGGUGCCACGAUGCGUGUCUCUGUUGGGGGAGGACACCGGGUUGGAACAAUCCAUGACUAGCUCGAUGGAUUGCUCCUCCGUCACUUACUUCCCCGAGGUGUCGGACGUUGAGCCGCCGCUUCUGGAAAUAGGAUGGCCGGCGUUCACCGCAGGUUCUUACCGGGGAGUCACCAGGGUUGUUGCCCACUUUCAGCCUAGCUACGGCGAGUGCAUUUACAGCUGCAAGGAAGCUGCGAGAAGAAUGAUCAAAAGUGCAAAAGAGGUGAUCGCCGUGGUGACAGACUCCCUCACAGACCUGGACAUCUUCAGGGACUUGCGGGAGGCCUGUACCCAGCGCAGGGUUCCCGUGUACAUCCUGCUAGACCAAUCCUGUGUCCCCUCCUUCCUGCAGAUGUGCCAGAACCUCAAUCUGCACCUGGAUGAAAUGCGGCAAAUGCGGGUGCGCACCAUAACUGGGGCCACCUACUUCUUACGCUCCGGAGCCAGGAUCACGGGGAAGGUGCACGAGCGGUUCAUGCUCAUUGACGGAAACCGGGUGGCCACAGGCUCGUACAGGUUUAACUGGACAGACGGUAAACUGAACAGCAGUAAUCUGAUCGAGCUGUCGGGUCAGGUCACGGAGCACUUUGACGAGGAAUUCCGCAUUCUCUACGCCCAGUCGCUGCCCAUCAGCGCACGGGCGAGCCACGGAAGCGCCCGGAACAGCGGCAUCUACGAGCACCUCCUCCUCAAACCGCCUGCCGCGGCUCCGCCCCCCAUUCCCCUGGAGCUGCAGCCCGAGCUCAGCAGGCUGACCAGCACCCCCAACCGGGUGCAGGUGCACAGCAGCGGGACUGAGGGGCGCAGCCGGAAGAGCAGCGCUCUGUCGGACUCCUCCACCCUCGGCGAGGACUGGAUGGAGCAGGAGCACAUGAGGGAGGUGCUGGUUGAUGGGAUCCCUGCUGCCAUGCCCAUGGACACGCUCAUGGAAGGGGAGGAGCCUCCUGUGUUGGAUGUCCCGGCCCCCCCCUCCUGCCACACCUCCACGCAGACCUGCACUCACACGGCCGACCACUGCAUGCAGACUGACCCGGAAGCACCGCCCAAACGCCCUCGUCUGCCCUUCCCUUCCCCUGGUGCCGUUGCCCGGAGCGACGCUGGCUGCGCCCCUAACACCCAGCCACGCCUGCCCGUCCGGCAGCCGCCGCCCCCUGACGGUAACCUGCGGGACUGCUUCCACAAGCUGACCAAGGAGCGGCAGUUCCAUUACACCACCAUCCGCACGAAGCUGGACCACAUGGUGGCGCUGCUGUCCCACCGGCGCGAGCUGGUGGACCUCACCAACCUGGCACUCAGCCCACGCCUGCACCGCGCUCGCAAGGGCCAGCCGCCGGACCACUCAGCCAACCUGCCCAUGGGCAUAGACGGCACGCUCAUGAACCCCUGGAGACGCCAGCGCUGUCUCCAGUGAGAACCGCACCCCCACACCAACGCUUGGUGACAUGCUGGUGAAACGUGAAAAUUUUCCCGUAAGGUCAGCGAGAAUUUUCAAUAGGGGCGUGUCACUAACCAAAAGCGCACAGUCAUACGAAAUAAGAAUUUGUUCUGAAUAUUGGGUGAAAAUAGAUGUUUCUAGGAAAAAAGGCAAGUAACCUGCAGGAAAUUUUGUGUUUAAAGGAUUAAAGCAUUUCGUGUUAUUUUUUGACUCAGGUCUGGAUGGAGCCCCAUCAGGUCCUUGUGUAACUGGUGUUGAGUCAUUCACUAGUGCCUAACGUGACAUGGAACACUGCACUGUAUUUACCGUUGGCAUUAUUCCUCUGCCUCCUCCCAGCUUGGCUGCUGUUUAAAGGGGUGGGAUUAUAAUGUAACUCUAUCUUCCUGCUGUUACACCAGUGUGUGUGCUGUGCACUUUACUUAAACCAAACAUAAACAGAACCAUUUUGGUCUUGGAAAACCUAACAAUGAGGUAAGCGUGCAAAUGUUUUUGUUUUGUUUUUUUAUCUUAUUUUUAUUAUUUUUAAAAACUCUUUUUGUUUUACAUUUUAUUCGACCUCCCAGGAUUUUUAACCUCAAAUCUAAUUUCUGUAUUCUGUAAAUAUAAGAGUGGCAGGAGAAAAGAAAGCACAAACAGUGUACUAAUGGUUUAAGAGCAAUGCUGUUUUGUCAACUCUGCUGUGUAUUACUUCUCAACUCUGUACUAUGUGUGGUGGUGCUUUAUAUUUUUGUUUUUUUCUUCUCUCUCUCAGUCUGUAAAGCUGCCCCUGUUCUGAGAUGCUGUUCUGUACAUAUGGAUGUUGGAAUAUAAAGAAUUAUAUUGUCACACUACAAAAUUUGGAACUGUUUGGCAGUGGCGAGAGACUGGUCACAUCUGGGUGGGUGCAGGUUUUUGAGAGAUUUUACUCAUCACGUUUAAUGACAAGCUUUUCCAAAAAAUGUUUGUGUUUUUGGAACCUCAAUCAAAAUGUGUUAAUUGUCAUGUCAUGUCUUUAAAUCUCAUCAGAGAGAUUUUAUCAUGCCAAGCUUGAAAAAAUUGUGAUUUAAAAAAGGAUAAUAAAAUGUGUAAGUGAUGA